AUGGCGGAACCUUUAAUUCACUGUGGACAACAUACAACUGAAAUCCUAAAUCUCUUUUGCUGUAAAUGUGAAGAAGUUAUAUGCGUACAUUGCUUGAUCGAGAGUCAUCAAAAGCAUGAAAUGAAACAUUUAUUUGACGCAAAGAAAGUGAUUCAUGGACAACUGAGUCGAAUUCUUACUACGGACGAUGAAAAUAUCACAGAUAAAAUUAAAGAAGCUAAAGACUUCGUUUCAAACGAAUUGUCAGAUUCUGACACAGAUGAAAAGCAAGUUUGUAAACAGAUUGAAAAAAGUUCCGAAUCGGAAAAGGAUAAAAUUGAGAGCCAAACUGAAAAUCUAACUGAAAUUUUGCAGACUAAAUAUGCGACAUACAGACAGACGGUUAAAGCUAUCGUUCAAACUGUAAUCGAAACUGAAACUAGAAUUGCAGAAAUGAGAAAAUCAGGAAAUGGCAUAGAUGAUUUUGAAUGGACGGAGCAAGUUGAACUAUAUUCAAAUAUUAAGAAAUCUACCAAUAGUUUAGAAACAAUGGUCAAAAUUAAAAAGGAUAUGAAACCUAGGUUUGUUCCUACAAACGACUUUAAUAAUAGAGAAAUUAUUAUCGGAUUUAUAGAAAUUGGUGAAAAAAUUGCUGUUUCGAACGAACUUUCUGAAGUUAUCUCACAAGGAAUAUACAGCGAUCUGAAUACAGAAAGAACCCCUUUAAAGCAAACGAACACAAGUGACACUCAUGAAGAAUCUUCCUCGGAUGAGGUUCGGAAUGAAUACCCAAUAACUAUUGAACUUAACGCCUCUGUAAAGAAACCUGUGAGUAAAAUUAUUCCAAUUUCUGAUGAAGAUGCAUGGAUUAUUUGUGAAAACAAACUAUGUAAGCUGAAAAACUGUAAAGUAGAAGAUACUUUGUAUACAGAGAGAGUUGAUGAUAUUGCCAUUUUGGGAGAUGGAAGUUUAUUGCUAUUGCAAAGAGAGUCAACCUACAUAAAAAGACUGCUUGGUAAACGAAUAUCAAAUUUUGCAUAUCCAGGUACAAAAAUACCACAAUGUCUUCACGUUAUGACUGGAAAUAAUGUGAUUAUAUUGUUAGAUCAUUCCGGUAACGAAAGUGAAGAUCAAUUAGGACAAAAAAAACGAGAAGUUGUACAGGUAACUAAUCAUGGUGUCGUCCAAGUGGCCUUUUCGUUUCUAUAUGAUACAGACGCUAUACCUAAUGCAGUAACUGUAAGAAAUAGUUCUGAUUUGUAUAUCAUUUUCCGUGAUACAUAUUACACCCCAGAAAGAGCAAGUAUUGUAAGAAUGGACCUAAAGACUAAAACACUUGAUGAAGAAAUAAUAUUUACUGGGGCGAUCGGAAUAGAUGUCAAUUCACAAUUUAUUUCCUAUGGGUUAUGUUUUGAACCGAGCGGUAAGAUUCUUGUUUCUGAUCAAAAUCAUCAUUCCGUCUUAUUAAUUGACAAUAUGAAAUAUGUAAAAAGUGUUUACUUUGCUGACCACGGAUUAGAUUCUCCAGGUGCGCUCGCUUUUUUUAAUGGUAUCCUUUGGAUUGUGGAUGACACCAAAGUACAUAAGUUUAGAUACAAAUGA